GCAGGUGGAGUUGUCAUUCGGCAAUUUUGAAGUACGGGCUGGAGGAGGUUUAACACACCCGAGCUGGACACCAUCAGAAAAAGUACAGUCAAAGGUAAUGAGGCUCGGUCACGCUGGGUGGUCAUCAUCCUUGUCAGCGAGAUGACGGGAGGCACAGAUUGCCCCUGGACAGGUAGUUAGGAGUGUGUGCACCCCUGGACGGAGAAGAGACGAAUAUUCGGGACCAGUAUUGUACAUUACUAAGUAUACAAAAUGCGUUAUGGAACUGGCUGGUUAGCCCCUGCUGGGCCCGGGAUGCCCAAGGAACCAAGAGGAGAUGCCCAAGGGUGUGUAGGGGAGAGGGAACGCACCUCUCGUCCAGCCAGUAAAAAUGCUAAGGACAAAAGCAACAGUGCCGCCCUUUUGGCAUCUAGAGCAAGAGCACACACUGAACAGGAAACAAAUGGACGUGACUCCCGCUGCUCUGAGAAAGACUCUGGUUACUCAGACACUGGCUCAGAUUCCUUGCAAACCGAUGCAGAUGACCAGCAGAGCAGUGUGAAUGAGCCUCAGGUCUGCAAAGGUUUGGGUGGGGUGGAGCAAGGCCCCCUACAGGGAAGCCACAUACUGGUGUCCGGGACCCCUGAACUCACCCCCAUAUUCAUCAUUAAGAAUGUGGUGUUGAAGCAGCCUGGGCAGUCUGGUCAGGACCACAUCCUCCCUUCAUCUCUGUCAUGGGGUGGAAGUGCUACAAGCAAUCAGGGUGCCACCCAUGUUCUCUUGCUACAACCGCCUGACAUCAAUCAAAGCGCCCCGAUGCACACCCUCAAACCCCAGGGUGUAAAGAAAAGUAAAAACACUUACCUCCCUAUUCUAAACUCCUACCCUCGAAUCGCACCUCACCCUAGUAAGAAAACCCCAGAGAAACCUGCAACCAAUAGGGGAAGUAAUACAGAGGAGCACAGCCUGAGUAAGAGAGUAUGCACGGAAGAGAAAAGAGAGGAGGUGUCCACAACCACACAAGCGACUAAGCAGCAUCUGCAAAAACAGCCAGAGAACAACUUGCUGUUGCACUCUCAUUCCCUCGCACGGUCGCUAUCUGUGAGCCAUGAGACACUUUCUGCUUCUCACAAGCACCGGAGCCCAUGCCGCCCAUCUAGUCCCUCCACUUCCCUCAGUGUGAGCUCUCCGUCAGUCUCAAGCACCCAGACUCCUUCCCCACCCUGUUCCAACGACCUUAUUCAGUCCAGAAAAGAGCCCCAAAAGCAUUGCCAAGGACCGAAAAAUGACACUGGCAAAGGGUCAAACACCCUCAAAGGGCCAGCACGGCAUCGUCGCUUCCUCAACACAGUGGAGAUUCUGAGCCAGUCGGGGCUACUUGACAUCACCUUACGAACGCAGGAUCUGCUGCGGCAAAAUGCCGCCACCGAACGAGACAUAGCCCAGCUCCGCCAACAUGCCCAUCUGCUUUUCCAGGCCGCUCAAGCAGGUGUUGAUGCGCCGGCUGCCUGGGAGAAGCUCCAACAGGUCAUGGCUGAGUCUGGACAUUAUCCCAGCCUCAAGUGCCUACCAACAGACAGCAAUGAUGGAGGGGACCUGUCUCAAUCGAAGUUGGAAGUUGAGACAGCCACUAGCACGACUGACACUCAUGUGGUAUACAGAUAUGGAGUUAAUGGGACUGAAGUGGUGGCGCCCCCAUCUCCUCUCCUAGCUCCCAUGCCAGAUGCAGAAUGCCAGUCAACAGGUCAAUAUGAUUCUGGCAAUGAUAGCACCAUCACUUUUGAGCAAAUCAGAGCCCACAGAGGAACUGCCAGUCCGCUGGAUGAUCCUAUAAUGCCUCCAGACAGCUCUACACAUGGAAACCUGCUUUAGACGGCACCCAGAAACCUGCUGAGCACCGGGUCUUCCCAGCAGAGAAACAGCAAGGGAAACUUGAGGAUACUUUCUUGAACAUCUCAACAUCUCAAACUUCAGAGAUGUUAUGUCAUUGCUCCAAGAUUCAGUAGUCUCCAUGGCAACUCAGGGCUAUGCUCAAGGACAGCAGCUCAACUGUGCUGUGAACCAUCUUCCUGUCUGUCACGUUUCUACUCAUUUGCAUCGGCAAUCACCCAAAGUGUCUGAUGAGAGAUAUGCAGAAUUUAACAUGCAUGCUACAGACUGCCACUCGUUAGUUUUGUCACUGACACAUAUUUCUGCAUCAGCUAUUUUGCCCCAUAACUGAAUCAGGUUUUUAAAGGCCACUUGCAAAUGUGUUUUUGAUUGCAACACUUCAUGCAGUCGAUCACAGAGUAAUCACACAUUGCAGUCAGUUUCCUAAUUUAUUUUUGAUUUAUAUCAUAGGAAAGUUGAAUUAGCAAUUGCUGUCACAGUUUGUAGCAAGUAGUGUUUUUAAAGAACAUGUUCACUUUUGACCGGGAAUGGUAUUUUGUGGUAUUAUUAUUGAUGAGAUCCCCUCUGUGAGGCCUUAUCACUUAAAAGAGCAUGAGGAUGGUGCAUGAAGAUUCCAAAAGUCAAAGCUUAGAACUGUACACACAUGCAAAGACACUUAGAAUUGUGUGAGAACUAUUCUCACAAUGAUCUUGGUAAGGUCCAUGAAGCUUGUGUUCUUCUAUGCAGUACGCACUUCAUUAAUCUGCUUGCUUUACGUCUUCAUCUUUGACCAUGGACCAAUUGGCAAAUGGUCAAACACCCUCAAAGGGACAGCAUGGCAUUGUCUCUUCCUCGACACAGUGGAGAUUCUGAGCCAGUCUGGGCUACUUGACACCACCUUAAGAACGAAGGAUCUGCUCAAGCCUUUUGGAUUGGCUUCCCUCUGAGAUGAAGGGUCAAUUUUGAGUGUUUAUGUGAGCUUAUUUCCCAUUUGUUUGAUCACAGAUCUUGACGUUUAUGUAUUUGUGAGUUUGCUUGUGUUAAUGGUGUUUUGUGCCAGCCUUAAUGUGUUCUGCAACAUCUUUAUGUUUCUUCCUCAAUUGUCUACUACUGCACCAAGCUUCUUUUUUUUUUUACACAUUUUGAUAUUCUUGACAUAACACUAAUAUAUUAUUUGUUGUUAUUUUGGUAUAUUAUUUCCAUUUAUUUACUUACUGAUUUGUGUCUAAGGAAGCCGUCAGGCCCACAUAGAGAUUUUGCAGAAUUCUGCUGUCAUUCACAAAAUUGUAUACAUAAUCAUAUUCAUUUAUGAAAUAUUUUGUCUAAUUUGAUUAUACUUUCAGAGUUUAGUACUUUCAGCUUAGUUUAACAUAUUUUAUGCUUCAAUGCCACAGAAGUUUUUCCCCUAAAACCAGUAAAGGAAAUGAUGAAAGAACUGCAGUUUCACAUAGAGUCCUUCUUUAUGACAGAUAUUUUUCUUCUACCAUAGCUUUUAAUUUUCUUUUUAUAGAUAUUGAUGGUGUGUUUGUACACAGUAAUGAUCUUAAGUCCAAAUAAAUGGCAGUACAGUAGGGAUGUUCUGAGCUGUGUGUGUGUGUGUGUGUGUGUGUUUGUGAUGGCCAGGUGAAGCAGAUAAUGAGUUUGUGUUUGAAAUGAAUGGCGUGUUAUGACAUGAUCGAUAUUUGUGCUUCCUCAUGUAGCAGCACAAGCAGUAUGUGAUGCAAUUCUAAUGCAUCUAAAGAAUGAUUCUUUCAUUGUUUCCAUGCAGUAUGUUUACUGAAGUCAGGAUCACUGCAACAGAUACACUAUUACACUACAUGCAGAUUGAAAUAAAUUGCUUCAUUAAAAUGC